AUGAUUGCAACCUUUGAUAAUACAUGGAACAGUGUCGAAUGGGUGAUUGCAGAAAUGAUAGACGAGCCGAGGAUCUUAGAAAAAGCAGCAUCCGAGCUAGAUUUUCUAGUUGGUAAAGAUAGACCCGUGCAAGAAUCAGAUUUGGUUCACUUAACUUGUAUCAAAGCAUGCGUGAAGGAGAUGAAAAAUAGAAAAUUUUACACUUCUAUGCCCCCCCCCCACUUCACACUAAGCUACGCCCCUGGCUUUGAGGUUACACCAUAUCGCACCUUCACCCUUCCUCGGGUGGCAUCGUGUGACACUACUGUUGCCGGCUAUUUUAUACCAAAAGGUAGCCAGGUGUUAGUGAGCCGCCUCGGGCUAGGAAGAAACCCUGAGGUAUGGGAUGACCCACUGACUUUCAAUCCAGACCGUCACAUGAAUGGCAACAAGGAGGUGGUGUUAACUGACAAUAGCCUUCACAUUUAUUCGUAUAGCAUUGGUAGGCGAGGGUGCCCCGGAGUGUUGCUGGGCUCGACGAAGGCCGUGAUGUUGCUGGCUAGGCUCAUACAAGGCUUCACCUGGGAGCUGCCACCCAAUGAACCACAUGUUGAUCUCACGGAGAACCUGCAAAAUUUAUGGAAGGAUAAGCCGUUGUUGGCUCUAGCCAAGCCUCGUUUGCCUCGCCAUCUUUAUCCCCCUAGUUGA